AUGGCGGCGCUGGCGCUACUCGCGGUCGGCGCGCGUGCGAGCGUCAGCCAGACGGUGCUCUUCGCCAGCUCGGGCGACUGGACGACGCGCGCAUCCGCGCCCUCCGCGAUACUGCUCUCGUCGUUGCCGAAGCAUGCGUCACCAGACUCUGCGUGUGCAGCGCUGAACGAGACGCUCCUCCCAUGCUCCACUCUUCCCGCGUUCGAGCACGAGCUGGCCUACCAGGCGUCACUCGGUACAAUCGCCUCAGCCGAAGUCGUCCACUCCGGCUGCUCCUCGCGCAAAAGCGAGAACGGCGAAGCGGCGGUGCUCUGCACGAAUACCGCGCCGUACACCACGGCCAUCUUCACGGACUUCGCGGAUUACCCCCGCACGACAGUAUUCUCAGCUAACCACACGACGUUCGUCGGCCUGCGCGAUCACGUCGGGUUCAGGUUCAUGGGUAUUCCAUAUGCGUUGCCGCCGGUUGGCGAGCGGAGAUUCGCGAAUGCUGAGAAGGCUGAGGAAGGUGUUGAGGUGGACGCGACUGUUUUUAGAGCGGCGUGUUUGCAGUUCGGCUCGUUCGCGGGGAACGCGAGCGGGUUGAAUCCGUGGGGGAACGAUGAAGACUGCUUGCACCUGAAUGUCUUCACGCCACACGUACCCGAUGAAGGCGCGUCGGGAAAGAAAGAGCUCAAGCCGGUUAUGCUCUGGAUUCACGGUGGCGACAAUAUCAACGGCGCCGGCAGCGACAGCACCUUCGACGGCGGCGCGUUAUCCCAGCGCGCGGACGCGGUCAUCGUGACGAUCAACUACCGCUUGAACAUCUUCGGAUAUCUUGCUCUGCCGAAUGCGACGGACAACCUCGUGCGCGGCAACUUCGCUCUGAGCGACAAGAUCGUCGCGCUGGAGUGGGUGCAGAGGCAUAUCGAGGCGUUUGGAGGGGAUAGGAGCAGGGUUACGGUUUUCGGACAGAGCGCCGGUGGAUGGAGCACGAUCGACCUUAUCAAGUCUCCCCGCGCCCGAGGGCUCUUCGCGCGUGCGAUCGUGCACUCGGGCGGAGCGGGCAACGUCGCGGCGCAGAGCGUCGUAGAGGACGAGGCUCUGCCGCCCCUGUCCGCGCUCUGCCCUUCCACGUCCGGGGCAGCCCUUCUUGCGUGUUUACGAACCCUCGACGCGCAGGUUCUGCUCAACAUCACGCAGAGCGCGGGCAAUUGGCCGAGCGUCGUCGAUGGGGAUUUUGUGCCGGAUUUCGCUCUCGCGCAACUUGCUCUUGGGCCGGGGGAGAAGGAUAGUGUAAAUGCGGUGCAGUACAUGGCGGGCUUCAUGCCGGACGAAGGACAGUCGCUCAUGGGCACCGUCAUCUCCCCGAACAUCUCGUCGUUCCCAGAGGCCCUCAAUACAUUGGUCAAGAGCUUCACUAUCUCGCAACCGCUCGCAGACGCGGUGCUCGCCAGCGGGCUGUGGAACACGAGCGAGGAGUUUAGUCCGUACAAUGCGUCGCAGAGCGUCGAUACGGACCACUUUUUGACGUGCGAUGGUGUGGCGUGGACGGGCGCUGCGGCUACGCACAAGGUCUUCCCCAAGAUGUACAUCUAUAGCAUCAAACGCGCAUAUGGUCUCCCGUUCUUCGACCCGUUCGAUCUGUGCACGUUCCCCGUAGGCGAGGAAGGCACGCCUUACUACAAGUGCCACUCGGGCGAGCUCUUUGAGACGUUCGGGACGUUCAACUUCUUCGAUCUCCCGCCGCGCUCGGAUAAGGAUGUACCAUUCACAAACCUCAUCCAAGACCUCUGGGGCGCCUUCGCCCGCACCGGCACCCCCAAUCCCUCGCGCGCCUACCUCUCCGUACGCAACUUCACCUCCACACUCUCUGCCACGCACGGCUGGACGUGGCCGCGCUUCGAUCGCGUGUGGUCUUCUGAAUCGCAGCCGGAAGUUGGUGAGGGAGAGGAAAGCGGUGAGGGAGAGGUGAGAGGGAAGGGAGAGGGAGGCGUCGCGGCGCUCGAUUGGCCGGGGCCGGGCGUGGAGGGGCUGCCGGAUGUCGAGAGGUGUGAGGUCGUGCUGGGCGUUGAGCCGGUCAUGUAG